ACACACACACACACACUUUCCACAGACAUAUCCUAUAGACCGACAUAUCCUAUAGGCCUUUUAUGGAGUCUUAUGCAAUAAGCACAUGCUCAUGACUGUAAAUUGUCACCAACAUUCAGUUUUAGUUCAGUUUUACCACAUUUGCACAUCAUGGACUAAACAGUGGAGAAACAGCAAGAAAACCCAUUGCCUGUUAAAACCUAGGGACGGUUUGGCAAUUCAUUAAAAAAAAUUAAACAUUGUUUUGUGGUAAUAAAUAAAAUUUUUGUUUUUCUUUUCUUUUCAAAAUAGAUUCUAAAAAGCGCUGGACAAAAAAACAACAACACUGUUUUGUUGUUUCUUUUGUUAGAAUACAGCCUCAGGUUUUUCUAGAUCGGCAAAAGAUUAAGCAAAAUAUUUAUCAACAUGCUGAACCAGUGCAGUGAAAUUGCCUACUCAUUCUCAAGUCUUCAUCUUCCUGUUGUUUGUCUACAAACCGCCUGUGAUAUACCCUGUUUCAUACUCAUCUGUUUUAAGAGCUGUGAAUAUUUGACUAUUUAGCUGAAUAAAUACUGUAGAUCUAUCUAUUUAUCUAUUUAUAUAUCAAGUCUUGAGAAGUUCAGUUCACCAAGAUGAAGUGAUGCUUAGAAAUGUUUUCAUCAGGUUUUAAAGGUUUUUAAGAUUAAAGGUCGACUAGUCUGACAGCUGCUCGAGCAUACAGCCGGAAAUGACUGCUUUCAGAUCGUUUGGUUGAUAUACACAUGCAGUUCAAAAUAUUGUGUCCUGUCAUGUGACAGGAAAUUGGGAGAUGUAUAUCUUUCAAGACCCAAAAAGCAUAAAAGAAGUAAUUGUUUUCAAGUUGUGCUUAGAUUUUCUUUGCAACCUUGUUCUCAUUGUUAGCUUCAAGUCAUUUUUAGCUUUACAAGUUAAUGAAUAAUUCAUUGUACUGUAGUUGCUAAACCUUUUAUUACUAUUGUAACAACCUGGGACUUUAGGGAUGGAAACAAAGGUACACAUUUAGGUACAUUUCUGGAGCUGACAUAAACUUUGGUAAGAUUUAGAUUUUGGGAGUUAGACUACAACUAGUGUUUGAGGUAACUCUAAAGUGUUGUAAUAUUUUGGUGUUUAUACAAUGGGAGUCUUUACAAUUCCCCCUUGCUUUUGUUUGGUCUACAGUACAUCUUUCCCAGCUGCAUUUUCUUGGAAUUUGUUGUAAGGUAUUUUCCAUUUAUUAAACAAAUUUUUUAUGCUUUAAGGGAUUUUCAGAGAUUAUGGCUCUAGUUUCAAAGUAGUAGCUCGGUGGUUAAGGUGUUGGGUUGUCAGUUUGAAUCCCAGGUCCACCAAGCUGGGCCCUUGAGCAAGGCCCUUAACCCGACUCAUAUGAUUCGUGAUGACACGCCCCCCUUGGCCAUCAUGACUGCAGGUGAUCACGCAACAUCGCUUGGCCUAUCUGUGCUGCAGGAAAUUUGGUGCGCCCAGUAGUCGACUUGUGACUGUCGUGAUGGUACGUCGUGUGAUUUCUUUCUUAAUAUUUUAAUCCCUUCAUACUAACUAUGUCGAGCAAAAAAAAAGAAAGUGGUCAGACGAAUAUGUACAAUAUGGAUUCACAUGUAUAACGGAACAUGAUGGGAGUCAGCGUCGUAACUACAUUAUUUGCAAUGCCAAGUUGAGCAAUUCUAGUCUAGCACUGGCAAAACUAAGAGAACACUCCCUUAAGCUGCAUGGAGAUGGAAAAUACAAGAACACAACACUCAUUGAAUUCAAGGUGAAGAGAGCCAGAUUCAAUGAAAAGGCUACUUUGCCUGUUCUUGGCUUUGUACCCAUCAACAAACCUGAACCUCACAGCAUCGUACGAAGUUGCUUACCUGAUCGCAAAGCAGAGCAAACCACACAUCAUUGGUGAAACACUCAUAAAACCAGCUGUGUUGAAGAUGGCGAAUAUCAUGCUGGGAAAAGCGUCUGAAGUUAAGUUAUCCCAAAUUCCUCUUUCAAAUGACACCAUCAGUGACAGAAUAGAGGACAUGAGCAAAGACAUCUUGGCUCAGGUAGUUGCAGAUUUGAUUUCAAGCCCGGCAAAAUUCAGCCUACAACUCGACGAGACCACAGACGUUUCCAAUAUAAGCCAGCUUGCUGUAUUCGUGCGCUAUGUGAAAGGCGACUUGAUAAAGGAAGAUUUUUUAUUUUGUAAGCCUCUUACAACAACAACUAAGGCAGCCGAUGUGAAGAAACUUGUAGAUGACUUCUUCAAAGACAAUAAUCUUUCGUGGGAUAUGGUUUCUGCAGUUUGUUCGGACGGAGCUCCAGUCAUGCUGGGAAAAAGUCUCUCGACGGAUACUUCCCUACAAGAGAGUCUUAUCAGCAUGGGUGAGACAGCCGUUCACGUUUAGUGUUGAGACAACAGAUGUCAAUGAUGAAUACCUCAAUGAAAUCAUUGCUAUUCAGCAGAGCCAGGUCCAACAGCAACUCUUCAGAACAUCAACGCUCUCGACGUUUUGGUGUCUACAAAUGGUAACAUACCCUGUUAUUGCUAAGAAAGCUCUGGAGAUUUUCAUACCGUUUGCUACAACAUAUCUUUGCGAGCAAUCAUUUUUGAGGAUGCUGGAUAUAAAAACGAAGAAAAGGAACAGACUUUGUUGAGAAAAUGACAUGAGAGUGGCACUUGCCAAGGUGAAGCCACACAUUUCUGAACCUCUGAAAGGCAACAGAGGAUGUCACACUGAUUUGCAGUAAAUAUUCAUUAUUAUGUUUUUGUUUUUGUGUGAAAAUCUUGUUUUAAUGGUUUUGUUCUUUGAACACAGUGAUGUUGAUGCACGGUUCAUUUUGUGCACCAGUAAAAUAUAUACUUAUGUUUUGAAUUUGAAAAAAAUCAUAUUUUAUUUUUCCAAUUAAGAAGGGUUCGGUGAAUGCGCAUAUGAAACUGGUGGGGUUCAGUACCUCCAACAAGGAUAAGAACCACUGGUGUAGAAGUAGGCCAUUCAGAAACCACACUCAUGCAUGUUUUUUUAAACAGUCCAACCAUUAAAUAAUUGAGUUUGGAAACUUCUAAUUCCCCAAAGUGUUUUCAGGUAAAUCCCAUUAAGCUCUGUAACAGUUUCAAGCUGCUAUUCCAGUUCAGAACUGUUUGGGGUUACUGUACUUUCAUCUGUCUCAUCCCACUCAGAGAAGUAUUUAAAGCUGCCUCAGCUCGGACUUCCUCUGAGAGACACGCACACAUGCUGAGAGCCAACACAUACUGACUCAGAGUGUGUGUGUGUGUGUGUGUGUGUGUGUGUGUGUGUGUGUGUGUGUGUGUGUGUGUGUGUGUGUGUGAGAGAGAGAGAGAGAGAGAGAGAGAGAGAGAGAGAGAGAGAGAGAGAGAGAGAGAGAGAGAGAGAGAGAGAGAGAGAGAGAUGGCUCGGCUGGAUGUUACAGAAACUUUUCAGGGCAUCGCUUUUCCUGGACACUUGCAUACUCAAGAAACCUUACACUAUGCUACUGAAUUCAAAUUUCAGGAUACAGACAUUUUGAUUGUCACCUAUCCCAAAUCAGGGACGACAUGGAUGCAGGAAAUUGUCACGCUGGUAUCAUGCAAAGGAGAUCCAACAAAAUCUCAAACCCAGCCGAACUGGGCACGAGCCCCGUGGAUCGAGCAGUACUACUGCCCUGAUGUCCUGAAAGCUUCACAAGGACCUCGGGUCCUAACCACUCAUCUUCCAUACAAACUACUUUCUCCUGCACUACAAGGCUCUAAGGCAAAGGUCAUAUAUGUGGCAAGAAACCCUAAAGAUGUCAUAGUAUCUUAUUACUACUUCCACAAAAUGGCCAAUUUCCUAAAAGACCCAGGCCCGUUCUCAGAGUUUAUGAGCGAUUUUCUGGAAGGAACAGUGUAUUAUGGGUCUUGGUUUGAUCAUGUGAAAGGUUGGACCGUCAAUUCAAGGAACAUCGAAAACUUUCUGUACAUCACAUAUGAAGAAAUGUGGGAGGACCUGCGUGGUUCUCUGGAGAAAGUGAGCUUGUUCUUAGAGUACCACCUACUGGAGAACGAAUUGAACAGCGCCCUGAAGAGCUGCAGCUUCUCCACCAUGAGAGAGAAUUGCAUGGUGAACUACACGCUGAUUCCUCAGGAAAUCAUGGAUCACAAAAAGGGGAAGUUCAUGAGGAAAGGUCAAAUCGGAGACUGGGUCAACACUUUCUCCAAGGAGCAAAGUCACAACUUUGAUGUAGUGUAUGCUUCCAAGAUGGCAGACUCUGCGCUGACAUUUGUGUGGGACACAAAAAAAUCCCAUGUAGACACAGAGAUCUUACCACUCUGAACCACUUGAAACAACACCUUCAUUUUAAUGUCUUGUAGUGUUUUCCUUUCAAUCACCCGAUUCCUUAUUGCUUUUACUAAUAUUACAUUAUUUUGUACAGUUUUCAAAAAGUUUGUUAAGAAGCAUAGCAACCACUUUGCACCCAAGAAAAAUAUAAACUGUUAACUAUGUUCAAGAGAUUUGAUAAAUAUACAGACUUGGGUGGCAAAGUCCCUGGUUUGAUCCUAAGCUUCUGUUACUCUCUGUCUGGAGCUUCACAUGUGGGUUUGCUUCCACCUCCCAUAAACAUGGUGGAACCAUUAAAUUGUCCUAAGGAAGGA